UUCCGACCAGUUCGUUAUGGGUGCCUUAUCAAUCCUGCUAUACCUCUUGGCGACCGCAUUCGGAUCGACAAUUCAAGCGACCAAAAUUCGAGACCUCCAUGCCGUACAACCAUCAGAUAUAACCUACCUGUUCUACAGUCGCGCAGAUCUUGUCGGCACCCGAGUCGAAUUCAAAGCAGCUCGUACUAUAGAGUCCAAAACUCACUUCGAUGCGAACCUCGAGACCUUUUUUCUCGUCCACGGUUGGAUCGACUUCUGUAAAAUCGGAUCGCUGGCCGUGAAAGUCAAGGAAGCUCUCUUGAAUUACCACGACGUCAACGUUGUGGCAGUUUGUUGGGAAAAAUGGUCCAACACCGAAUACGUAACCGCUGUCAACAGCAUAGGGCAGGUCGGCGGGUUUAUAGGCGACUUCAUGCUGGACAUGGUAUCAGAUGGCAAGUACUCGCUGUCCAAAAUAACCAUAGCGGGUCAUAGCUUGGGCGCACAUGUCGCGGGAGCUGCUGGAGCUCGCACCAACGGCUCCCUGGCGUACAUAAUAGGUUUAGAUCCCGCCGGAAUCGGUUUUUCCAAAUCCGAUCCCACCGGAAGACUGGAUUCCACUGACGCCGGAUACGUGGAAGCCAUCCACACCAACGCGGGGUUAGGUGGAAUUACUUAUAACGUGGGACAUUCAGAUUUCUGGCCAAACGGAGGCACCGUACAAGCAGGCUGUUUCUUACUUGACGCCGCAUGUAGCCACAAGAGAGCUAUCGAUCUGUAUGCAGAGUCCGUUGGGAAGGAGAAUAACUUUGUCAGUACUAAAUGCGACAAUUACGACCAUUAUAUCAACGGAAACUGCCGAAACGAAUCUACGGCACUCAUGGGUGGGUUCAAUUUGGAAACGAGGGCUCGAGGAGACUACUACCUGACAACCAACAGCCACCCGCCAUACGCAAUUCAUGUAGACGGAAGCUCAAAAAGAUUUAGGAGUCAUUGAUUACUUAAUCUGUAUCCGUUAUAAGCAAACUUGUAAAAUAAACGAC